AUGACGCUGCAGGAGUUUUCGGACCUCGAAAACCGGGUCUUUGCGCGCGCCUCGGCGCGCGCGGCUCAGCCGGCGCUUUCGAGGUUCGAGGAGCUGGGAGACGAGAUACGGGUCGAGGGGGCUCGCUUGGGGGCGCUCGAGUUCAUGGCGAAGGAGGCUUUUCUAGCGCGGAGCGGACUUAGCGGCCAGGCGUUGGAGGCCGAGGAGAUGCGGUUGAUGCGGCUGAGGGAGGGGGCGAGCCUGCUCCGCAGGACGCCUGCCACGGCCACGCCCCUCGGGGCGAAGAAGGCGGGCAAGCGUGCAGCGGAGGCGGCGCGCAGGGCGAUUGCGCUUGAGAGGGAGGUGUGGGUUGACGGGGAGUGCCGGGGCGCCCCCGCGACUGUGCUCUUUUGGUACUGUCGCGUACCUGUGUCGAACCUGCGCGCAUGUAAUUUGCAGAUCGAUCAUCCGACCACCCCUGCAUGCGCGGGCCUUGGCCCGGUGCCGCUGGUCGAGAGCUGGACGGCAUUGGGCGCGCCAACCCUUGAGUGGUUUGCUGAACACUAA